CAUGCCAGCAUUAUAAUAGUUCUCAUCCCGAAUCUAAAAAGAAAGACGAAAGACUCCGUGAACACGAAACUCACGCUCCGACUAGACCUGGAUAGAGCUUGAGCUUCGGACGGAGUUCAGACAAAGGCUAUGUUCGCGAGUCAAUGUUCAGGCCCCAACUUCUCUGUCUCCCCCUCUCGCUGUUCAUUCCCGUCUUCGAGGUUUACUUCUCAUACCCGUUUCUUCGCACGAAUGUCAUCUGCAACUGGAGCCAAAAACCCUCCAGUUUCAUUGGAAUCAUUGGUCGUAAAGCCUCCUUCUCACCCUACUUACGAUCUGAAAGCGGUCAUCAAACUUGCCCUUUCCGAGGACGCCGGCGAUCUUGGGGAUGUGACCUGUAUGGCCACGGUUCCGCUUGACAUGGAAGUGGAAGCGCGUUUCCUUGCAAAGGAGGAUGGGAUCAUUGCUGGAAUUUCUCUUGCAGAGAUCAUAUUUGACGAGGUUGAUUCCUCGCUGAAGGUUGAGUGGUCUGUGAAGGAUGGAGAUUAUAUUCGCAAAGGAAUGCAGUUUGGCAAAGUAUAUGGAAGAGCACACAGCAUUGUUGUUGCUGAAAGAGUUGUUCUGAAUUUUAUGCAAAGGAUGAGUGGUAUAGCAACAUUAACCAAGGCAAUGGCAGAUGCUGCAAACCCUGCUUACAUUUUAGAGACAAGGAAAACUGCGCCAGGUUUACGUUUAGUGGAUAAGUGGGCGGUUUUGAUUGGUGGAGGGAAGAACCACAGGAUGGGCUUAUUUGAUAUGGUGAUGAUAAAGGAUAACCAUAUUUCAGUAUCUGGGGGUGUCAGAAAUGCCUUAAAAUCUGUAGACCUUUUUCUAGAGAAAAGAAAUCUUCAAAUGGGAGUUGAGAUUGAGACCAGGACACUUGAGGAAGUGAAGGAAGUAUUAGAUUAUGCAUCCCAGACCAAAACAUCCUUGACGCGGAUAAUGCUAGACAAUAUGGUUGUCCCUCUUCCUGAUGGAGAUGUGGAUGUAUCGAUGCUUAAAGAGGCUGUUGAGUUGAUAAAUGGAAGGUUUGAGACUGAGGCAUCAGGCAAUGUCACUCUUGAGACAGUGCACAAGAUUGGACAAACUGGAGUAACCUACAUUUCCAGUGGUGCAUUGACACAUUCAGUGAAAGCACUCGAUAUCUCCCUCAAAAUUGAUACUGAGCUUGCACUUGAAGUUGGAAGGCGUACAAAGAGAGCAUGAUAUUGUUUUUUUUUUUCUCUUUCCUUUCUUUUUUGAGCUUAUACGUUACUAUUGCGCUGAUUUCCAUGAGAAUUCUGCUGACUUUGUAUGGGCAACAGGGAGGAGGGAGCUUUUAGAAGCCAGCCUUCAACAUCUGUAAUAAUGUAAUAAUAUAGAAAAGGCCAUUACACAAAUUUGGUCACA